AAACUGUUCGCCUCAGGUUCUAUUGAAAGAUCGCCGUCCACCUUUCUACAUUUCCCCUAUCCAAUAGGCACAGCCUGCGCUUUGAACUGAGAAAAUAUGUUGCACCGUUGUUGGAAUCUUGUUCCUGUACAACAUUAACCUCAAAGUCUAGGACGUUUGUAGUGGUACACAGUUUGCGGACUAGGCUAUGAUCGCAGAGUUUUGGUCAUAAUAACAAUCACGUUAUGUUUGGGUGCAAAUGGCGUUCAGAACUAUCGACAGCGAACUCCCAGAACUAAACCAUCGAGAUGAUCGAUAUAUAGAGGUCGUACCACAUGAAUCACCUCAGGUCAUGCCAAUGUCGCAGCCGCUACAGAGUCAUCCUGAUGGUGCACUUGUCAACACGCCUCGGCCAAGAAGAAAGCUGUUCGGUAUUCCUUGGUCUACAGUCGCGUUUUCCGUUACUAUUGCAUUCGUGGUAAUUGGCGCUUCAGUGGGUGGUGCAGUCGGGAGCACUCAAGCUUUGCACCACCAAACCGAGUAUCAAGUUGUGACUAUAACAUCGAUCACAGUUGUAGCCGGCACACAAACAAGCUCUGUGCCAACCGCAUCUGGAACAUUGGUUGCACCAUUCAAUGUUCCCACAGCAGAUGUCACGUUAGCGCUAGAUUGUGAAAACCGGGACGGCAAGACUGAGCCUCUUGUUUUCAAUGAUACAACAUAUGUUUUCAGCCAGCAUUGUGGUACCGACUUCGAGCGCGUCACUCCCAGUAGUGUAAGCCUCGAUCUUUUUACUGUUGCGGUAUAUACUCUGCAAGAUUGCUUGCGAGCAUGCGUGAGCUACAAUCUCGCACAUGGGUCAAAGGAGUGCAUAGCUGUCGAGUUCAACAGAGGUAUCUUAGUCACGUGUAUCAACAACUUGGGGCUUCGCAUUUAUACUGAUUUGAAACCGGUGGAAUUACAUUUUCGAUUAUAAUAACACCGAGACAAUCCCGGUGUUCUGUUCUCUCUCUUUUCUCCUUCGUUGAUCUCGUUGGGUUGUUCGGAGCCUUGCCCACAUGCGUGACAAAAUCCAGCUAUAUGUCGUUUCUCAUUUGGCAUCAAAUAUAGUCUCUAACGCCGUCUACGCGUGUUGUUAACAUCGGAUUGGCAAACCGACGCAAUAACCUCGUCGUUCUGAGAAGUUAUUAGUCCCGCUCUUGCCCGGUCAAGAGCAUCUCUUAUUUCGCUCUCCGUCAUAAGAUUCAUACCCCCCCCCCCC